AUGGCAGAGACUUUUGAGGGACCGGUGCGACAGGCACGCGCUAAGCCGGGGAAAAACGACGACCAGGGUUACAAUAUAAUCACAUACCCCACCCCCCUUCCCCGACAUAUAAUUGCUCUGAGAGGAAACACAGCACUCAGGUUAUUCAUAUCUAUCUAUCUAUCUAUCUAUCUAUCUAUCUAUCUAUCUAUCUAUCUAUCUCAGGCUGUUCACCUAAUCUAUCUAUCUCAGAGUCUGCAAUCUAUCUAUCUAUCUAUCUAUCUAUCUAUCUAUAAGGCUUUUCAUAUCAAUCUAUCUAACAAUUUAUCUAAGAUUUUGCAAUUCAAAUUUAUUUUCAAAUCUCACUCAAAAAAAUCUGUCUAUUUAUCUAUCUAUAUCAACCUAAAUCUCUUCAUAUCUAUCUAUCUAUCUAUCUAUCUAUCUAUCUAUCUAUCUAUCUCUUCAUAUCUUCCUAAAUCUCUUCAUAUAUAUCUAUCUAUAUUUUUAUCUAUCUCAACCUUUUCUUUGUAUCUAUCUUUUCAUAUCUACCUAAGUCUUUUCAUAUCUAUCUAUCUAUCUAUCUAUCUAUCUAUAUCAACCUAA